GACGCGAGCUGCCGGCCGCAGGGUCUCCUCGGCGCCGGUGCCGCAGCGGGCCGGCCUCUCCCCUCGGUGGACGCCGCCCUUCCGCCAUCGCCGACCCGCGCCCCCCGUCCCGGCCCCGCGCCACCGCCGUCGCCGCCCGCUGGGGUCCCGGCCGCCGCUCGUCAUGGCGGUCCCCGACCGCGCUCGGCGGCCGCCGCCGCUGCUGCUGCUGCUGCUGCUGGCAGGCCUUGCACAUGGUGCCUCUGCAGUAUUCGUGGUGAAAGACAGCAAUGGGACAGCUUGCAUAAUGGCCAACUUCUCUGCUCACUUCUGGACAAGCUAUGAGACUGAGCUUGGUUCUCAGAAUGCAUCUGUCUACCUGCCACCCUCUGCGGAAGUACUGAAUAGCAGCUCUUGCGGAGGGAAUUCUUCUGACCCCAGUCUCACAAUUGCUUUUGGAAGAGGAUAUUCACUGACGCUCAAUUUCACAAGAAACGCAACACGUUACCAAGUCCAGGUCAUGCGCUUCACUUAUAACAUGUCAGACACAGAAACUUUCCCCAAUGCCAGCGCCAAGGGAAGUAAGUCUGAGGAGUCCAUCACUGACAUCAGGGCAGAUAUAGACAAAAAGUACCGGUGUGUCAGCGGCACGAUGGUUCACAUGAAUGAUGUGGUCAUCUUACUCUGGGAUGCCACUAUCCAAGCCUACCUGUCCAACAGCAGCUUCAGCCAGGGAGAGACACGCUGCAGGCAGGACAUACCGUCACCGACCACCGCACCACCCGCGCCGACCACCGCACCUCCAAGUCCCACGCCAACAGCUGAGCCCACCAGCCCCUCGGUGUCCAGGUACAAUGUGAGUGGCGCCAACGGGACCUGCCUGCUGGCCAGUAUGGGGCUGCAGCUGAACUUCACCUACACACGGAAAGACAACAUGACUGUGAUCAGAGUGCUCAACCUCAAUCCAAACCACACCAAAGCUGUGGGGAGCUGUGGUCCCUACCACGUGGCCCUGACCUUGCUGAGCGAGGAGGAUUUCUUCCUGACCUUGAAGUUUGGCAUGAAUACAAGUGCUAGCCGGUUUUUCCUGGAAGGAGUCCAGUUGAACAUGACUCUUCCCGAUGCCAAAGACCCCUCGUUCCAAGCUGCCAACAGCUCGCUGCGAGCCUUGCAGGCCUCUGUGGGGAACUCGUACAGGUGUAACACCGAGGAGCGGCUGUAUGUCACGCAGGCUUUCUCCCUCAACAUCUUCAGCGUGUGGGUGCAGGCGUUCAAAGUGGACGGGGACACAUUCGGGUCUGUGGAAGAGUGUUUGCUGGACGGGAACAACAUGCUGAUCCCCAUCGCUGUGGGCGGCGCCCUGGCGGGGCUGGUCCUCAUCGUCCUCAUCGCCUACCUCAUCGGCAGGAAGAGGAGUCACGCCGGCUACCAGACCAUCUAGCCGGCCGGUGGGCCUCGUGCGCACCCGCAGGGCCUGUGCUCUGGUCCCCACGUUUAGAUGGAUGGGGAGGGGACGACACUUUCUGGCAAACUGUUUCCAAAUCUGCUUUAUCAAAUGUGAAGUUCAUCCUGCAACCUUUACUAUGCACAAAGGAGUAACUAUUGAAAUGAUGGUGUUAAUUUUGCUAACUGGGUUAAAUAUUUUGCUAACUGGUUAAAUGUUAAUAUUACCAAAGUAGAACUCUAAAGGAGGACAAGAGUGCUUUCCUGAAUUGGCACAGGCUCAACUCUCAUUCGACGUUUUAAGAUUUGGUGUUUGGUUUCUUCAUUCUUUGCUCAGAUUUAAGCCUUACCAAGGGAAUCUGUGGUCGGAACGCUGGGGACUGAUGGAGGGUGGCCGGUCGCUCACCCUCGCAUUUAAGAACUGCAGACAGCAGACCACUCGGCACGGACAUCUGGAUGCCCAGAUUGCACUGUUAGAUGCGGGGGAGGGGGGCCCAGCCCGCCACCUUGGGGGUGACCAUCAGGUGCUCCCCGUGUCCUGCCAGCUGCGGGCUGGCACUUUUUUAGUAUAAAGAGGGGCGUUUUUAAAUUUACUUUUUUUUGUAAAGUGGUUUUCAGUCUUCUGUUGGCAUUCAGGACGACCCUGUUUCUGCACUGUGUACAAUAAUACUCCGCUGGCGUAGCCGUGGUGACUGGGCUUGUGCACUGAGGAUCGGCUCACACCUAACGCAUUGCCUGUAACAGUGCUAAUAAAAAGUCUCCUUUUUCCGUC